AUGGUAUCAUGGUUUGAGGGACCUGUUCGCUUGGCUCAGGAUCUCCGAGCCAAGAAACAGACGCGAACUUUCUGUCGGUGCCAGCUCUCGGGAACAUGGCAGCCCGACCAGUGGCCCGACGGCAUCAGAGUCGAGGGCAGGGCUGGUGUCGGCAAGUUUCCUAUGAAUUUCGCCACGGCUCCCAUCAUGGCCGAUCUUUUCCUCCUCGCCAUUGGUGCCAUUGGCGGGAAGGAGGUCCGCCAGGGCACGCUGGGCGCCAACAACAUCUCGCCUCUCGACAUCAUGCUCUUCUUCAUCACCUUGGCCUACAUUGCCAUCUCCAUAGAUGCCUCGGGGCUCAUUCGUUUUCUCGCCUUCAAGGAUCUGUCGUCUCCUCGCGCUUGGAUCUUCUCCCAGUUCGCCGCUGCCAACAUUGGGUCUGCCGUUCUCGUUUCGAGCAACCCCACCAAUCUUGUCCUUUCUGGCGCUUUCGGCAUCAAGUUUAUCCACUACACGGCUAACAUGGUUGUGCCGACCGUCAUCACGGCCCUUGUCCUCUACCCCAUCCUGCUGUACUUGAUCUUCACCGAGCCCGGUUUGAUUCCUAGGCGCAUGACCAUGUACCAGCUGCCAAGUCACUUGAGCAACGUGCCGCCUGCAAACCCUAACAUCCCAGCCGCCAAGGACCUUGCCGUCACCGAGCUGAGCCACCGCGCGCCGAGGGAGGCUGGACAGACAGCGAGCGCCCAGGACGGCGACUCCUCGCGGGACUUGCUGUACAGGCACCGGGGAACAUCCCGUGUUCUGGGUCACACUCCCAGCCGCCUUUCUCAUGUUUUGCUGGGAUGUCGGCUGUGGCUGGGAGAGCCGGCAUACGACCCGAGAGAUUGCCAAAUUCGGCGACAAGAAGCGCCUCCAAGCCUUGGCUGUACAGCAGGCGAACCCCGCGCUAACCAUCACAACGUCUUCCGAGCACCGCGCCGGAAGCGACCUAGAACACUCGUCGGUUCUUGCAGAGAGUUGGUCGAUUGGCUUCGAAGUCACAUUUCCUGCUACCAUGGCCGUCUUGUCGCAUCUUCCCUUGGCACUCAUCCCUUUCGCCUUUGCCAUGUUUGUGCUCGUGCAGGCGCUGGUGUCGAAGCACUGGGUGGCCACGUUUGCGUACGGGUGGAAACACUGGGUCGACAAGACGGGCGUUGUAGGUGGUAUCGGCGGCAUGGGAUUUCUAUCUGUCGUUCUGUUUUGCCGGCACCAACAUUGGCACUACGAUUCUCUUGUCGCGCGUCAUCCAGACAUGGGAGGAGAUACAUCGCGUCGGCGGCUCGCAGACCGACAGCCGCACCUUUUGGGCCACGGUGUACAGCAUGGCCAUUGGCGUCAACUAUGGUGCCUUUAGCGCAGCGUUCAGCGCAUCGCUGGCCGGGCUGCUGUGGCGCGACAUUCUCGCGAGGAAGGAUAUUGAGGUCACCAACCUCGACUUUGCGCGGUUCAAUCUGCCGAUCAUCAGCGUGUCCAUGAUUGUAGGUUUGGCGGUGCUGACCAUACAAGUCCACAUCACGCCAGAUGGGACGGUGA